AUGGGUGCAAUCGUUGGAAAAGGACGUCGGGCACUUCGUAUGUAUAACAUUGAGAACCGUGUUGAAAAAUUGAUUAGUAAAGAUAUUAAAGAGAAACCAGCCAUGUCGCCAAGAUUUCCAACAGAAGAAAGGUAUCUUAGCGAAAGUAGGCUAUUAUGUACAUCAUUACAGUUUUCUGUUCUAUUUACACAGCUUUAUGUAAUUCUAGCAGUUUUACCAGAAGCAAUUCAUGAAAAAAAUGAACAAUUAUUAGAGAAUUUAAAAGAUGUCAAAGUUUAUUCGAGUGGUGAUACAACAGAUUUAUUUCAACGUCAAUUAAAUGAAACUCGACAUGCGCACCGUCAUUACUCUGACACAAAGUCACAAUUAAAAUCAGUUAUGAAUAAAGAAGAAGACCCAUUUGGUUACAUUGAACCACUUCAAAUUCCUACUGGUCACAUAACAAUUCGUCAGUUUCUCACCUAUUUACAACAACGCGUUGAUAAACCGGACGAGUUUAAUGUUGAACAUUUUUCAAAUAUGUAUAAACUGAAACCGUCAUUAGCUGAAAACUUACUUCGUUAUCAUUAUUUACUAAUUCGACAAGAAAUUACGAGACCACCAGUAGAACCCAAAAUUCGAAUCUAUGAUGCUCUAGGUAAUAUAGCAGACAUUGAAGAUGAAGCACACAAAAAAUUACCAAGUUCACAAAAAAAUGAAUUUAUUAAUUAA